AUGGAUUCUCUUGACUCCCUCCGCCAUCUCAUCCAACAUCACCCACUUAUCGACAAUCAUGCUCACAAUCUGUUAAGCCGCGACGUGGCUACGGACUACGAUAGCUACCCGUUCGAGUCGAUUACCUCUGAGGCCCACGGUCGCGCGCUAGAAAAUGCUCGUACCGCCCUGCCACUUGUUCGCGCCGUAAACCAGCUGGGAGAGCUCUAUGGCACUCCCUGCGCAAACUGGGAUGACGUGCUCGCGGCGCACACGCGCUGGGUGCAGGAGGACUACGAGGGGCUGGUCCGCCGCAGUCUUGAAGGCACGCACACCUUGCUGCUAGAUGACCUACUAUCGGACGAGGAUGUCGAGUUAUACGACUGGCACGACCAAUUCACAUCCUCGCCGACAAAGCGUAUCGUUCGCAUUGAGGCUGUCGCCGCCUCCCUGUUGCGCGAUAUCAUGGGUGAAGAGCGUAAACCUGGCGAAAGCGUGUGGAUCACAUUCCGCGCCAAGUUCCUUGACGCGCUUGAGCGCGCCAUGGACGACCCCGCCGUUGUCGGAUUCAAAUCUGUGAUCUGCUAUCGCACUGGACUGGACGUCGAUCCGUAUUCACUGGAUGAGGAUCUGCUGACUGCCUCGCUCCAUCGUACCCUUGAUUCGGGGACGAGGAGAUCCGGCUACCGGAUCGAGGAAAAGCCACUGAAUGACUGGCUGGUUCAGCAGACUCUCAAGAUCAUCACUUUUCGGAAGAGAGCUGGCGUGGUCAAGCCGCUCCAGUUUCACACUGGACUCGGCGAUAAUGACAUCAAUCUCGUCAAAGCCAACCCGGCUUACCUGCAGCCUCUCAUCAUUCAGUAUCCAGAUGCGCCGAUAGUGCUACUGCACUCAUCAUAUCCGUAUACAAGAGAUGCGGGGUAUCUUGCGUGUGUAUAUCCUAACAUCUAUCUUGAUCUUGGUGAAGUUUUUCCGAUGGUGAGCCGUGAGGCCGAGGAGAAGAUCUUGCGCGAGAGCUUAGAGAUCACUCCAGUUAGUCGUCUGCUUUGGAGUACGGACGGUCAUUUUUUCCCGGAGACAUUUUGGCUGGCCAAUAAGCAGUUCCGGCAGACUUUGGAGACUGUUCUUGUUGACUAUGUCCAACAUGGAGACUACAAUAUCUCUCAGGCGAAGGCAGCCGCCGCCGACAUCCUGUUUCACAAUUCGAAUAAGCUGUAUGGGCUGAACCAGACAGCGCAUUAUACACAUGGGGUUAUUCAGCAGUCGACUCUACUCAGUGGCACUCAAUUUUCCCUUACGUCCGAUCCACUAGAUGCAUUUUUGCAAACGAACCCGGAGGUCGAGUACAUUUGGAUGCAAUGGAUCGAUUAUACAGCAACCACCCGGGUUCGAAUAUUCCCUGUUCAGGAGUUUAUUCGCAUUGCCAGAAAUGAACGGCGCAUCGGCAUCGCGCUAGCGGUGCAGUGGAUGCUGCAAGAUGACACAAUUAUCCCAGGAGGGUCCCCUACUGGGCAAUUCUACAUGCAGCCAGACCUCUCCAGCCUCUACCUCAAUGGAGGCAUCGCAGCACCAGCCGCUCCCAGUGCGACUAUCAUGACCUUUUGGCAGUCAGAAGAGGGUAAGCCUCUCGGCGGCUGUCCUCGCACUACUCUUCGAAAUAUUGUUGAGAAGCUGCAGACCAAGCACAACAUCAAUAUUCUCUGCGGCUUCGAAAUCGAGGUCGUAUUCCUCAAGCCACUCACAAGCCAACAAACGGGCGAAGUUAGAGGUUAUGCACCCGCGACUAAAAACCAUUCCUGGUCACAAAUGACCGCCGAAACGCGGAAAAUGAUCCCAAUCUUGGAGGAGAUCAAUCGGACACUGGCAUCCAUGGGCAUUCAUCUCCAACAAUUCCAUGCCGAGUCUGCGCUCGGACAAUUUGAAUUCAUCCUCCCACCUGCUAAACCCCUCGCUGCCAUCGAUGCCCUCAUCGCCGCUCGGCAAGCCGUUACAGCCGUUGCUGAGCGUAAUGGUCUUAGAGCUACUCUUUACCCACGUCCCUUCGCGAAAGGAGCUGGGACUGCUGCGCACGCUCAUAUCUCUAUAACUCCACCAGCACGCGAGGAUGCUUUCCUUGCGGGUAUUAUGGAGCACUACACCUCUAUUGUGGCUUUCACGAUGUCCCAAGACUCAAGUUACGAGCGCGUGCGAUCUGGUAUUUGGUCUGGAUCAGAGUGGGUCGCGUGGGGAUUCCAGAACCGCGAGGCUCCCGUGCGGAAGAUAAGCCCCGGCCACUGGGAGUUUAAGUCCCUUGACGGUGUUGCUAAUCCGUAUUUGGCUGUGGCUGCUCUGCUUGCAGGUGGGUUGAUUGGACUGGAAAAGAAUUUGUCCCUGACAGUGAAGGAAUGCACGGUGGAUGCUUCACACCUGACUUCUUCUGAGCGAACUGCGCUUGGCAUCACGACCCCUCUCCCCAAGUCUCUGGACCAGAGUAUGGUUGCUCUUUCGGAAAAUGAGGGGCUGCAAAGCGUCCUGGGCAAGGAACUUGUACAGAAUUACCUUGGUGUCAAGCGUGCCGAAUCAAAACGCUUGCAG